AUGUCUACGAUGUUACCGCAUACCGCCGUGCAAGCAGUAGAGCAUGUUACGAGCAUCAUCGCACUGCAGUCUUAUGAUGGGAAAACGACUGCCAGCGUUUGUGAAACCGUACGUUUUUGCUGCGAUUGCGGGUAUUUAAUAAAAUCUAAAGCAUAUCAUGAAUGCGGUGUUGCGUACUGUAAAACCUGCAAUUUGCGUUGUCUUAUAAAUCAUUUGUGUUACAUGCAACCUUUUCGUGCAACGCGAAGAACGGGUAAAAAAUCAGCGACGAAUAGCCAGUUCACGAAAGAAAUAAAAGAGGCAACUAAUAAUGAGAGAAAGGAUCGCAGGGAGAAAAGGCACGUAGGUUAUAUAUUCUACGAUUUUGAAACAAGACAAGAUGUAACAAUCGAGGGUACAGAAACCGAUAAAUUGCACAUUCCUACUUUGUGUGUAGCGCAGCAAAUUUGCGAAGAGUGUGCAGAAGAGAAUGAUAUAACGCUGCAUUGCCGUUGGUGCGGGACACGGGAACAUAUAUUCCGCGAUAACCCAGUUAAACAAUUCGUUGAGUUUGCUACGCGUACAUCAAAAUAUUAAAAAAAAUUUAUUUACAUCGCCCAUAAUGCGAGAGCAUUUGACGCGCCAUUUAUUCUUCAAUAUGUAGUUGAAAGCGGUAUUAAUUUAGAACCUAAAGUAAUUUUAAACGGAACAAAAAUAAUUCUAAUAUCUGUAGGUCGUACAAAAUUUGUAGACAGUGUUAAUUAUAUACCUAUAAAAUUAGCGGAGUUACCAAAAGCUUUCGGACUGUCAGAUACAUCCGAUAAAGGUAUUUUUCNCCACUUAUUUAACACUAUCGAGAAUCAAACAUAUGUCGGUUCGUUACCCGAUGUAAAAUAUUACUCUCCGGAAACAAUGAAAUCUGAUGAACGCGAACGUUUUUUAAAAUGGCAUAAGGAGAUGACGCAAAAUAAAGUCGUUUUCGAUUUUCAGCAUAAAAUAAUACGCUAUUGCCGUACCGAUGUUGAUAUUUUACGUCAGGCCUGUAUAGCUUUUCGAAAAAUCUUUCUUGAUCGCGGUAAUGUUUGCCUGUUUGAGGAAUUCACAACUAUUGCUUCUUCAUGUAUGACAGUUUUUCGUAAAAACUUUCUGCGAAAAAAAGAAAUAGAUAUUAUCCCUUUGAGAGGGUAUAGAAUGGUAAACAAACAAUCGCGCAAAGCUCUACAAUGGUUACUGUGAAUGGAGCACGUGCUUAGUCGAAGUAUGAUUCAUGCGGGUAAAGGUCGUGAAUAUAGAUUAAUUGACGGUACGUUAGUCGACGGAUAUUAUGAAACGUCAAAUUCAGCGCACCGGCAUGUUUUACAAUUUCACAGGUGCUUCUGGCACGGCUGCCCUAAGUGCUUUAGAAUAAAUCGUGAUAGACCAGAAGAUACAAUCGACUCACGUUAUGAACGAACUCUCGCCACAACGUAUCGUCUUUAAAAACGGGGAUACAUUGUUACAGAAACGUGGGAGUGUGAUUUCGAUCGUGAAAUACGUGAAAAUCAAAAUCUUAAGAAUUUCGUCUCAAGACAACACGUGAUAACUCCUCUUAAUCCGCGCGACGCGUUUUACGGCGGAACAGAAAAGAUACGCUAUGUCGAUGUAUGCUCUUUAUAUCCUUAUGUUUUAAAAACAGGAGUUUUCCCAAUUGGUCACACCGAUAUUUAUGUAGAAGAAGAAUGCUCAGUUUUAAUUGGUGAAGCUCCGAAUUAUGAUUUUUCCAAUAUCAAAGGACUUGUGCGUUGUAAGGCUCUUCCUCCACGCGAUCUUUUUUACCUCGUUCUUCCGUAUCGUGCGCACGGUAAAUUGUUAUUUGCCUUAUGCCGUAGCUGUUGCGAAACGCUCUCACAAGACGCCUGCGCACAUGAACAUUCAAAAGAUCGUGAAUUUACAUGGGUGUCAUGCGAAUUACUUAAAGCUAUUGAAAAAGGUUAUCGCGUGACGAGGGGGAAAUUCAGACAGCGUUCUAAUCUUCCAAAUACAGAGGUUGUUAAAAUGCGUCAGCGGCUCAUGGAGUUACUCGCAAGUCCUGAACAUGAAAUAAUUGACAUGUUACCCGUGAACGAUAACAUGAUGUACAUUUCGUGGCGGUUAAGACGCGAGGCAGUCAUACCCUCUCCAUUGACGAGCGUCGUAAUAGCAGCUUACACAACAGCGCAAGCCCGUUUAAAAUUAUAUGAAUAUUUAGAGCGAUUAGAUCAGCGUGUUCUAUACUGCGAUACUGACUCAUGUAUAUAUUUGAGCAACGGCGUUCCUUGCGAAUAUGAGCUGCCUACAGGAAAUUUUUUGGGGGACAUGACCGACGAACUUGAGAGUUAUGGGCAAGGAUAG